CUUCCUUUCAACCGUCACCCAACUUCACUCAGCUCCCAACUUCAACCGAUAUACGCCCACUUCUCAACCCAGCCCAAGCAAUUUCUUCUUACUCGGCCGCCUUAAUAACUCUUGCGCGCCUUUUAUUUCUUCUCAAGUCUACCAGACGUUUAUUACCACCUUCUCUUCAACCCCCAUUCCACAUUCGCGACUUGCGCCGUCAUCGAGCUCUAGUCUUCACCAUACUUAAUCGCGUCUUUGACACCAAAUCGCACGUGUCAUUCGAUAUCUUCUGCUGAUUUGACCAACUGCAUCAGCUUGAACAGCAGAUACAGCUUCUUUCUCACGGGCCUGUCCUUCUCAGCCCGUCUUUGACCUACUCUUACCAACUUUACAAACACACAUCAUCAUGUCCGGCAAGCUCGACCAAGCUCUCGACGAUAUCACCCAGGCCCAGCGCCGUAGCGCUCGCCGCCGACCCAACCAGCGCCGCGGUGCCGGACGCCCUGCUGCGGCCGCACCCGUUGGUGGUAUCCAGAAGAGUACCAAGCCCGCACGCGGUGCCGGCGCAAAGCCUGCCCCAGCCAAGGCUACUCCUACCAACAGUGAUAGCAAGAUCAUUGUGAGCAAUCUGCCUAAGGACGUCUCGGAGCAGCAGAUUAAGGAGUACUUUAUCCAAUCCGUUGGUCCCAUCAAGCGAGUUGAGCUCUCCUACGGCCCUAACUCUCAAAGCCGCGGUAUCGCAAACGUGACCUUCCACAAGUCGGAUGGCGCUAGCAAGGCCUUCCAGAAACUGAACGGCCUUCUUGUUGACAACCGACCUAUCAAGAUCGAGAUCGUUGUCGGAGCUGCCCAGGCUGAUAAGGUCAUUCCUACCGUCAAGACGCUUGCUGAGCGCACCACCCAACCUAAGGCUCAACCCAAGUCCGCUGCUGCUGACAAGCACAACGCCGGUGCCGCCAAGGGUGCCGCUGCCAAGGGAGCUGCUGGCAAGAAGCGCCGUGGUCGCAACAGCCGUCCCGCGAAGAAGACCCAGGAGGAACUCGACUCGGAGAUGGCUGACUACUUUGACGCCUCGGCCGCCCCUGAGGCCAGCAACAACGCUGCUGUGCCUGCACCCGCACCAGCUGCUACUGGUGAUGCUGACAUGGAUGAGAUCGCUUAAAUUCUCCAAAAGCGCCACGACGAUGGCAUGAGACAAUAAUAAAUUACAAAAACAAGGGACCUGGUAUUUUAUGGACACUUUGCGGAAGGAUACGGUGGUUACCCGGUUUAGUGCUGCGGCAGAUUGAUCCGAAAUGAAAGAGGAAGAGAGGCCUUCGAGGUCGAACAGCGGAGCAGCUGGUUUUGCAUUUGUUACUGUUUGGUCUCAGUUCUCACCCUUGACACGUCGAACUUAUCAGUUCGGCAGCCAUGUCUUAACGUUGCUUAGCAGCAACCGCGAGACCUGGAAAUUAAAUUGCACUGUACAAUAGAUGGAAUAAGAAAAGCUCCAUAUACACGAAUCUCUGU